AUGUUUUCUCGCAAAAGGCUUGGAGCAGGACUCGCUGUCGUUGCUGCUGCUGCUGCUGCUGUUACAGCUGUCGCUGUUGCUUUUGCUGCUGCUGUUACUGUUACAGCCGUCGCUGUUGCCGUUGCCUUCACUGUCGCUGCUGCUGCUGCUGCUGCUGCUGCUACUGUCACUGUUACGGCCGUCGCUGUUGCUUUUGCUGCUGCUGCUGUUACAGCCGUCGCUGUUGCCGUUGCCUUCACUGUCGCUGCUGCUGCUGCUGCUGCUGCUGCUACUGUCACUGUUACGGCCGUCGCUGUUGCUUUUGCUGCUGCUGCUGUUACAGCCGUCGCUGUUGCCGUUGCCUUCACUGUCGCUGCUGCUGCUGCUGCUGCUGCUGUUACAGCCGUCGCUGUUGCUGCUGCUACUGCUACUGUCACUGUUACAGCCGUCGCUGUUGCUGCUGCUGCUACUGUCACUGUCGCUGUUGCUGCCGCUGUUGCCAUUGCCUUCACUGUCGCUGCUGCUGCCGCUGAUGCCAUUGCCUUCACUGUCCCUUUCGCCGCUGUCGCUGUCGCUAUAUUCCAUGAAAUCAAUACUCAUUUAACUUUCCUAUCAUCGCAUUCGCGCUCGGUGAUUCCUUCUUAUAAGUUACUACAGAAAUUUAACAAGUCCAUCACCUUGACUGACUUGGCAAAUAUUAAACAUAUUUUUCCUAAAGAUGAGAUUUUUUUUGAUUAUGUCGAUGAAAAUCAGAUAAUGGUUUCCUUUAUGGAAGAGGUAAAGGUUGGUAAAGGUGGGAGGUUUUCUCAAACUGCUGUUGCAGAUAAAUUCCAAGACGCUCUCCGUGAAUCUAAGCAAAUCUUAAUUUUCGAUUUCCAAGACGUCAAGAUACAUGGAAUAGGCAAGGUUAUGAAGGGCAACAAGAGGUUGAAACUAGGGAAACUGAAUGAGUUCCAAACUAAACGUCGACAGGCCUUCUUUUUGAGUAAUCAUGAAAACGUUUUGGCACCUUUACAGCAAACUCAUCUUACUAAAAUCAUCAAGGGGAGAGAUUGCAUAUUCCAAGAAAAUUUACAAAUCUUCAUUGGCAAGUAUCAAGAUCAAUGCCAAGCUGAGAAAGAACUCUUGCAAAUGACAAAACCAUUAAUACCAAAAGAACCGGAGUUUGAGAAUAUUGUCGAAGUGCUUGAGGCAAAGAAAACGAGUUCUGUUCAACCACGACCGCCCACCUCUGUUGAUGACAUGAUUGCCGCAUUGAAAAACUCAAAGUUUUACGUGGAUCAAAUCGUAUCAACUCUUCAACUUAAUUAUGCCCAACAAGCACAAUAUCAACAGGUGCUGCAAAUGAAUUCGGAACUUUUACACCCUGAGCUUCGACAAGCUCUUUUAGCGUCAAAGGGAAUUUCAUUUGACGAUGGGCUUUAUACACAUCAAGCACAAGCAUUGGAUACGUUACUUGACGAUUCUCAUGAUACUCAUGUUAUUUUAAGUACACUGACGGCUUCUGGAAAGUCCUUGGUUUAUCAACUACCUAUUUUGAAUUCAAUUCUUUGGGACAUCACCAAUGGCAACAACAAGAGGUGCACCACAGCGUUAUUUAUUUUCCCAACCAAAGCUCUAGCGCAAGACCAAAUGAGACAUUUUAGAAUGUUUUUGAAUCAUUUGCCAACCCAUUCAAAGCGGCCCAUUGUUAUUAACGCUUAUGACGGAGAUACUCCGUUUGCAGAAAGACAGCAAAUUCUGAAGACGUCAGACAUUUUGUUUACCAACCCCGAUACUAUUCAUGCCUCCAUAUUACCCAACAACCAGUAUAAAGUUUGGAUGGAGUUUAUGAGUGCACUCAAGUAUGUCGUAAUGGAUGAGUUACAUGUUUACAAAGGAACGUUUGGCAUUAAUGUUGGGUACGUAAUGGCUCGACUUGCUAGAAUAAAGCACAAGUACUGUCCAAAUGGCAAAAGAGUCAGAUUUGUAUCUUGCUCAGCAACAAUUGCAAAUCCAAACGCACAUUUUAGGACAAUCUGUUCUUUGCUGGAUGAUGAUGAAGUAUUACAUAUAGCAAAUGAUGGCAGCGCAAAAUGUGAAAAGAAAUUAAUUGUUUGGAAUCCUCCAGUACUCAUGAACAAUGUUGGAGAAAAAGCACGCUCAGAAUCCACUAGCUUGAUGAUUCCAAGAGUAAGCUCAAUAAAGGAGCUGGCUAAACUAUUACUCACUUUAUUAACGGAUUUGCAAGGUCUUAGAGUUCUCGUCUUUUGUCCUAUUAGAGUUGUAACGGAAAUGAUGAUGAGAGAAAUUCGCACUCAACUUCAAAGCUCCCAUUUCAAGGCACUGGGAUUGAGUCAAAGUGAUAUUAUGUCGUAUAGAGGCGGAUACAGCAAAAGCGAUAGACGAAUUAUAGAAAAGAAAAUGUUUGAUGGGCAACUCAGAGCUAUAAUUGCUACAAAUGCUUUGGAAUUAGGGAUUGACUUGUCUAAUUUAGAUGUGGUGAUUACAUGCGGGUUCCCAGUUCUGAAACUGAAUCUACAUCAGCAGUUUGGAAGAGCAGGGCGUGGCCAGGCAGCAACUGGUAGUUUGGCUGUGUUUGUGCCCAUGCGUUCACCUAUUGAUCAAUACUAUAUUGAGCAUCCCGAUGAGCUAAUUCAGAACAAUUAUGAGGAUUUGUGCGUUGACUCUUUAAGAGACAUGGAACACGGGCUGUUGCUUUUGGAGCGACAUUUGCAAUGUGCAGCUUAUGAGAUGGCUAUAGAUAAAGAAGAUGACUAUCGAUGGUUUUCUAAAGGCAGAAGCCGGGAAUCAUUUUACAAAAUCCUUGAUCAGCACUUGGUAUUGGACGUUGACGGUAAGUACAGAACCAACCCACGUUACUUGCCGAGGCCCACAAAGCUAGUUACUAUACGAGCAAUUGAAGAUGAAACAGUUGCAGUUGUUGAUGUCACAAACAAUAAAAAUGUAGUGAUGGAGGAGAUAGAGCUCCUGAGAACCACCUUUACAAUUUAUGAAGGUGGUAUUUUCCUUCACCAAGGCCAACCAUAUUUGGUUAAAGAAUUUAACCAUAAGGAAAAGUAUUGUAAAGUUGAGAGAGUCAAUGUUGACUGGACUACUUCGCAACGAGAUUACACUGAUGUUGACCCAGAAGAGGUUGAAUUGGUGAAACCGAUAAUGCCCGUAAACAUGAAAGAACAAUUGGAUACUCCUGCAUUUUUUGGUCAGAUAAAGGUCACCAUGAAGGUUUUUGGAUUCUUUAAAGUAAAUCGAAAAGAGGAGAUACUUGAAGUGGUGGAAGUGAAAAAUCCACCAAUCAUUGCGUAUGCAAAGGGAUGUUGGCUAAAUGUGCCAAAGACUGCAAUAGAUAUUAUAAGAGACAAAAAUUUGUCUCCUUCUGGAGGAAUACAUGCUGCAGCCCACGGUAUUAUGAACAUGCUCCCGCUUUACAUUAAUUCGACCAAGACUAAUGUGCAUGCCCUUGAUUUUGAAAUGGCGACUGAAUGCAAAGCGCCAAGUAAAGAGUUCAAGGCAACUGAAACUAAGCGAAAACGACCUCCUCGGUUGGUGUUUUAUGACGUCAAAGGAAACAAAAAUGGCUCUGGCUACUCGUACAAGACAUUUGAAUGCAUUGACGAGUUAGUAUAUACAUCUUUCCAUAGGAUAAACGAUUGUAAAUGCCAAUGGGGGUGUCCACUUUGUGUUGUGGGUGCCACCUGCAGAGAGCAAAUGCGAGUCAUGUCACGUCCAGCAGCAUUAAUCGUUUUGGCAUCUUUUUUGGGUAUGGAUUUGCAUAAACUUGCCGACAGGUUACCUGACGGACCUGAACCUGGUAUGCCAACAGUGCUUCACAAUACGAUCCUGGACGUAUCAUCCGCUGUAAGAUUUUCUCCUAAUGUUAAGAUUCUAAAUAUCGCCAAAACCUAA